UCUUCCUUUCGCGCCGGUGGCUGGAGAGCAGCGCGUCCAUGUGCGCAUCGAUUGAGACUUCAUAGUUCGCAUAACGUAUUGAUACCAAGACAUAACAAGAGUCGAAGACAUGGAUCCCAACACCUUGAUUGAGGCCCUCCGGGGAACCAUGGACCCGAACUUGCGUGAGGCCGCGGAGAGACAGCUGAAUGAGGGCCACACCCAGGUGAACUUUGUCUCGACCCUGCUGCAGGUGACCAUGUCGGAACAGCUGGACUUGCCUGUCAGACAAGCAGGCGUGAUCUACCUGAAGAACAUGGUGACACAGUACUGGAACGAGGGCGAAGCGACGGGCUCGGAGGCCCCCGGCAACAACAUCCCAGAGGAGGACCGGAGGUUCAUCCGAGACAACAUCGUGGAGGCCAUCAUCCACUCCCCCGAGCGCAUCAGGGUGCAGCUCACGACGUGCAUCCAUCACAUGAUCAAGCAUGACUACCCUGCCAAGUGGACCACCAUCGUGGACAAGAUCGGCUACUACCUGCAGUCGGACAACAGCGCCGGCUGGCUGGGCAUCCUUCUCUGCCUCUACCAGCUGGUCAAGAACUACGAGUACAAGAAGCCAGACGAGCGCAGCCCCCUAGUGGCGGCCAUGCAGAUCUUCAUGCCCAUGCUGAAGGACCGCUUCAUCCAGCUGCUCCCCGACCCUUCCAGCGACUCGGUGCUGGUCCAGAAGCAGAUCUUCAAGAUCAUCUACGCGCUCUUCCAGUACAAUCUGCCCCUGGAGCUGAUCAACCGGCAGAACCUGACGGAGUGGAUGGAGAUUCUGAAGACGGUGGUGGACAGAGACGUGCCGCAGGAGACGCUGCAGGUGGACGAAGACGACAGGCCCGAGCUGCCCUGGUGGAAGUGCAAGAAGUGGGCCCUCCACAUCCUGGCCCGGCUCUUUGAAAGGUACGGCAGCCCAGGCAACACCACCAAAGAGUAUGCAGAGUUUGCAGAGCUGUUCCUCAAGGGCUACGCAGUCUCUGCACAGCAGGUGCUGUUGAAGGUUCUGUAUCAGUACAAGGAGAAGCAAUAUGUAGCUCCCAGGGUCCUGCAGCAGACCCUCAACUAUAUCAACCAGGGGAUCGCCCACGCCAUCACCUGGAAAAACCUCAAACCGCAUAUCCAGGGGAUCAUUCAGGACGUGGUCUUCCCCCUCAUGUGCUACACAGACAGCGACGAGGAGCUGUGGCAGGAAGACCCCUACGAGUACAUCCGCAUGAAGUUCGAUGUGUUUGAGGACUUCAUCUCCCCCACCACAGCCGCACAGACCCUCCUCUUCACAGCGUGCAACAAGAGGAAAGAAGUGCUACAGAAGACCAUGGGCUUCUGCUAUCAGAUCCUCACAGAGCCCACAGCCGACCCCCGCAAGAAGGACGGGGCUCUCCACAUGAUCGGCUCACUGGCAGAAAUCUUACUCAAGAAAAAGAUCUACAAAGACCAGAUGGAGUUCAUGUUGCAGAACCACGUCUUCCCGUUGUUCCGCAGCGAGCUGGGCUACAUGAGAGCCAGGGCCUGCUGGGUCCUGCACUACUUCUGCGAGGUCAAGUUCAAGAUCGACCAGAACCUGCAGACGGCGCUGGAGCUGACCAGGCUCUGCCUGAUCAACGACAAUGAGAUGCCCGUCAAGGUGGAGGCCGCCAUCGCCCUGCAGGUGCUCAUCAGCAACCAGGAGAAAGCCAAGGAGUACAUCACCCCCUUCAUCCGGCCAGUGAUGCAGGCGCUCCUUCACAUCGUCCGGGAAACGGAGAACGAUGACCUCACCAACGUCAUCCAGAAGAUGAUCUGCGAGUACAGCGAAGAGGUCACGCCCAUCGCCGUGGAGAUGACCCAGCACCUGGCCAUGACCUUCAACCAGGUGAUCCAGACGGGCCCUGACGAAGAGGGAGGCGACGACAAAGCGGUGACUGCCAUGGGCAUCCUCAACACCAUCGACACCUUGCUGAGCGUGGUGGAGGACCACAAGGAGAUCACCCAGCAGUUGGAGGGCAUCUGUCUGCAAGUGAUAGGAACCGUACUGCAGCAGCAUGUGCUGGAAUUCUAUGAGGAGAUCCUGUCUCUGGCCCACAGUCUGACAUGCCAGCAGGUGUCACCGCAGAUGUGGCAGCUCCUGCCGCUGGUCUUCGAGGUCUUCCAGCAGGACGGCUUCGAUUACUUCACAGACAUGAUGCCCCUUCUGCACAACUACGUGACCGUGGACACAGACACGCUGCUGUCUGACACCAAAUAUCUUGAAAUGAUCUACAGCAUGUGCAAGAAGGUCCUAACAGGGGAUCCAGGGGAGGACCCAGAGUGCCACGCCGCAAAGCUAUUGGAGGUCAUCAUUCUGCAGUGCAAAGGGCGUGGCAUCGACCAGGUGGUGCCCCUGUUCGUGGCGGCGGCUUUGGAGCGGCUGACGCGGGAGGUGAAGACCAGCGAGCUGAGGACCAUGUGCCUGCAGGUGGCCAUCGCCGCCCUGUACUACAGCCCACCGCUGCUGCUCAACACGCUGGAGAACCUGCGCUUCCCCAACAACACGGAGCCCAUCACCAACCACUUCAUCACGCAGUGGCUCAAGGACGUCGACUGCUUCCUGGGCCUCCACGACAGAAAGAUGUGCGUUUUAGGCCUCUGUGCCCUCAUGGACCUGGAGCAGAGGCCCCAGGCCGUCAACCAGGUGGCGGGCCAACUUCUGCCCGCCGCCAUCCUGCUCUUCAAUGGCCUGAAGAGGGCGUACGCCUGCCGGGCCGAGCACGAGAACGAUGAGGAUGACGACGAGGACGACGGAGAGGAGGAUGAUGAGAACGCUGAGCUGGGCAGCGAUGAGGAUGACAUUGAUGAGGAGGGCCAGGAGUACCUGGAGAUGCUGGCCAAGCAGGCGGGAGAGGACGGGGAUGACGAGGACUGGGAGGAGGACGAUGCCGAGGAAACGGCCCUAGAGGGCUACACCACCACAGUAGAUGACGAGGACAACCCAGUGGACGAGUACCAGAUCUUCAAAGUCAUCCUGCAGAAUAUCCAGACACGUGACCCUGCAUGGUACCAGGCGCUCACACAGGCCCUUGACGAGGAGCAGGGGAAGCAGCUUCAGGACAUCGCCACACUUGCAGACCAGAGGCGGGCCGCACACGAGUCAAAAAUGAUCGAGAAGCACGGCGGAUACAAAUUCACAGCUCCAGUGGUGCCAACCAACUUCAAUUUUGGAGGAAAUGCUCCAGGAAUGAAUUGAGUCACCCUUCUCCCUCCCUUACUCUGUGACUGAUUGUAGUGAAGUGAAAAAAAAGCUUGUGUUGUUCCCUCAAGUAGUGGUUCUGGAGCUGGUUCUUCUCACUCACUCUUCAACCUGACUGUAUCAAAUUGGACAUAGCACCAGAAGAUGUGGGAAGGCAACCAAAUGCAACCAAUGGCUGGGAAAACUGACCAAGGACUUGAACGUGAAGCAAGAAAGGAAAAAAAGGAAGCUCCGAACAACAUUGUCUUAUGGAAUCCAAAUUCUGGAGGGGAUACCAUGACGGCAGCUCUUUUUUUCUCCUCAUAAACCAACUGGGGAUAAAAAAAACAAAAAAAAAUACAAAUUGACAAUAGGAAUAAGCGUUUCAUCAGUUUCACGGUGUAGUCUAGAAAGCCACUCUUCAAAUUUAUACUUGUGGCAGUAGUGUUUGUCUACAUUUUUGCAUUAACAAAUUGCCAUGUUUGUUCUGUAUAUAAGCCAAGGUUCUGUUGUAGCCUUGUGGAACGACCUUAGGCAUUUGGAAGGUGAAAGCAAGUGUAUUCAUAUGUAGCAUAUUGGAUACAUGUCAUAGCUCUUACGUGAUGCCUGAUAUCUGUAAAUUAAUGACUAGCACUUUUUAUCGUUCAGGUCUCCUAGCCUUCUGUAUCAGACUGCAAAUUUUUAAAAUCAAUUGAGAUUAUUUAAAAAAGAUAACAGGUGUAACUUUGUUACUCUGCAGGUGACUUCUGGUUAUGGCUGAUUGUCACGUGUAUGGUUACUAUGUUGUAUAAUUAGUGGCAUCUCUUUGCUGCUGAAAUGGCUACACUCUAGGUUUUUGGAAAAACAUAAAACAGCUCUUGGUCUUCGAUUUGGAUACAAGUUGUGUUGUAAGCACUGAAAGUCAAUUGAAUACUUCAUUGAAGCAUGUACAAUUGGACUUGAUCAUGAAGCUCUUAAGCAUUUGGUUGAUGUAUGGAUAAGCCAUCUAUAUACAACAAUAUAUUAAAACAAAAACAAGUUGGGA